AUGGCCUCUCCAGACGUCACGCCUCGUCAGUCCAUCUCGGACGCGUCGAGGGAUAUGGCCACUCCGCAGGGCUCACCCCAAUCUGAGCGGAGGGAUCUAGCGACCGCUUCCCCGGUCAUCUCGGCCACAACACCCAGAGAGACCAGUGUCCCCUCUGGCAAGGGGCUACCGUCGGCGCUGAAGCCUAUUGGAAUUAUCAAUGAGCAGAACACCUGUUUUCUCAACUCGACCUUCCAGGCUCUUAGCGCAACUCGACCACUCAUUUCCCUCCUCACUGCCGCCCCAUCUUCCUCGCUUGGUCCAGGCCACUCCCUUCCUCGACCCAUCUUCCCACCCUCCCUCGUCCCUGCGCUACGAGACGACGCGCUCGAACCGCCUCUUUUUCAGCUCCUCCCCGUAACCCGAGCAUUCAUCAACAAUCUACACCGUUCGUGGAAACUCAAAGAUGGCGGCGGCGGGACGUACGGAUCCGGCGAGACCGCGUCUGGCAAGUGCAUGUCGUUGCGCACGCUCCUUCGGGAGAUUGCGCUCAAAUACGACCAGUACGAUGAUUAUCGGCAGCAGGACGCGCAUGAGCUCUUGCGGCAUCUGCUGGACAGUAUGGAGAUGGAGGAGAAGGACGUGAUUAAGAAGGUGCAGCCGGAGCAGUUGAGGCAGGCGCCAAAGAAGCGGGUGACGGGGUCGGGGGGCGCGAGGGGUACGGCGGGAGCGAGGGAGUUGGCGGGGAUAAGCCCAAUGCCGAGUCCGUUGCCUAGUCCGGCGCCGAGUCAACCGGGGAGUCCGGUCAAACAGCAGUUUGAUCCGAUGGCAAGGGCGGCGGUGAUGGGUGGGAAUCGGCAGGAAGAGGAGGAGUGGAGAGAGGUGCCGGAGAAUGAGAAGCUGGUGCCGUUUGUGGAUGUGCUGUUUGGGGGGAGUCUGGCGAGUGUCGUGGUGUGUGAAAAGUGCAAGAGCGUCUCACAUACGUACGAAGGCUUCUUGGAUAUCUCACUCAGUAUGAAAGACGAGCCGCGGACCCGAAAGCGCGACAAGCUCAAAGCCCUCUUCCGUCCCAAGGCGAGCAAUGCCAAACCCGUCCCCGAAGCAGCUACCUCCGAGACUGAGUUGUCCGACUCGGAGCUCCCUCGCAAGGCCGGCCAAAAAGACCGCCGGAAGUCCAUGGACCACGAUGAGCGGCGAAGCGACAGCGGUCCUGGACCCAGUCGGAGCUCGUCCAUCAAGGGCUUUGGGAUUGGGAAACCCAGCUUCUCCUUCGGCAAGAAGAAGAAGGACGACGCUCGUACCGCUUCUACGGUAUCAGUCCCGUCCCAAUCGGGCGAUUCGGAGCGCGGAUCCAUCGCGGAUAGCUCGACCAGCAGCUCGCAUACUCACGUUCAGGCGGCGGCGGGCAUCCCAGGGAGCCCGAGCCUGGGUGGCUGGAAGCAUGUUCACGGACCUGGUCCGACGCCUGCGCAGGCGGCGUAUAUCCAGCGGAUCUUAGCGAACCAGGGCGGGUCGGAACCGGUUGAUCCACUGGCGAAACUCCGAGCGGCAAAUGGCGGGGAGGGCCUCGCGGUCAAUACAGCGGGGCAUCCUGCCUCGGGCGAGUACGGUCUCAUCGACUGUCUGAAGCAAUUCACGUCGGUCGAGGUCCUAGAGGGGGACAAUUCGUUUGCGUGUAAAAAGUGCUGGCGGAUCAAGACGGGGAAAUAUCAGGGUAUGGAGCCGGCCCUGAGGGAGGAGGAUGAGGACGCCGAGCAUGUCCAUGGGUACGGCUACGGGAGGGCGGAUGGGUCGGUACCCACCUCCCCGGUCGUUUCGUCCCAGCGAAGAGCGACCGCCCCUUCCAUCUCGAUCAUGUCCGACACGUCGUCCGAGUCGAUGGGGCAGGACGACCGCCCCUCGCUCCGUCAUCCAUCCGUCACGUCCAAUUCCCACUCUGCGCAUAUUCGCGCUCCAUCACCGCUUCGUCGUCAGUUCCAAGACGCACCACCUAUUCCUUCCGACGCUAUCUCGCUCUCGUCCUCGCAGCAUACCGGAGGCGGUCUGGCGGAUAUCUCGUCCGGCGAGACAGAGACGGAGCUGGAGCAGGACGUCGACGGAGCUGACGCAGGGGACGGGACCGACGGGCUGUCCGAUACGUCCGAAGAGUCCGACGUGGGCGUUUCUCAGCCGGCGGAAAUACCAGUCGGCCGGCCCAAGAUGGCGCCCAGAAAAAAAUCGACACAUUUCGUCCACCGCCGAGCGUUCAAGCGGUACCUCAUAGCCAAGUCGCCCGAGGUGCUUGUUUUCCACCUGAAGAGGUUUAGGCAGACGCAAAAGACGAGUAUGACGUUUACGAGCUUUUAUGAUCUGAAAAAGAUGGACGAUUUCGUGUCCUUCCCAGAGAUGCUAGACGUCGCGCCGUUCCUUGCUCCAAAUAGGAACGACUACAAGAUUGUGCAGACUCCGUCUGGGCCAAAAGCGCCGUAUAUGGACUGGGCGUCAGUUGAGCAUGGGCCGGAAGCUUCGCCAGCUUGGUACAGGCUCUAUGCUGUCGUGGUGCACCUGGGAACGAUGAUUGGCGGGCAUUAUAUCGCGUAUACCCUCGUCGAUCCAGAAAGGAUGUUUGAGGAUGGCAAGCGGGUCGUGGAGGCUAUGAGGGACCUGGAUUUGAGAGAGAAUGGGGGUGGCGGGGUACAGAAUGGGCAAGGAGGAGGGGAGAUGCCGAGUGUGGGAGACGGUGCGGGGAAGAGGGUGUGGUGUUAUUGCUCAGAUACGUCGAUAAGAUUGGCGAGUCUUGAAGAGGUGUUGAAGGCGAAAGCGUACAUUUGCUUCUACGAGAAGGUGUACUAG